CUCGUUUAUAUGCAAUCGAUUGUUGUAUAUACAAACUUGAUAGUUUUUGUUCAAAAUGCGUCGUUAAGGAUAGAAAAGCAAGAUCCCUUAGCGAUAAUCCUUUACGCAAUCGUCAAUUUCCAAGUUACACAUGAGCCUGACAAAACUCGAUACAUUGAUUCGAGCGAUGUUGUGUCACUGUUCCCUGGCAACAACUCUUUCGCAAGAUGGCAUGGGUCUUGAAAGUUAAAUAUACGUGUACACGCUUCUGCCGAAUCAAGUCCAACAAGUAAGAUCUAGACGCGAUAUUCAACUUGAACGUCCGUCAUGAAGCUAUCGAAGCGACAAUGAUGUCAAUGAUGUCAGUGAUACACGUCGUUCCGGCAACGAUGCUGUCAAUAUCAUACGAUUAAUCAGACUGUCGUCAGACAGUUGGGCGGGAUGGCAGGCAGAGCUUUCCGCGUUAAAGUACAGUUAGAUGUACACGCGGUAACGUGUCCCGGCGUCUGGUUGUGCCCGAAUGGCAAAGUGGCUCUGCGAAUCAACACUCUCGAUUCCUGUGCGGAGACCCACAGGAUUAGUCCGAUUUUCCCGCUUUUGUUCCACGACAAGUUUACCUUUGGUAAAAUCUUUGCCCGGCGGAUCUCCCUGACGGAGCUGCAAAGUGCCUUGGAGCAGGAAUUCUUAUACGCGGAAUUGAUACAAUGGGCAACGCCGGCUAGCCGAGGCAUUACUCUGGCAACGUUCGAAACAAAUUUGACAGAUUUGUUGUAUCCCGCGCCAUGCUUCAAAGGUUUACUAGCCGGUGUCGAUAUAGACCUUUUGAUGGAACCGACUAAAUGCUUUCCCGGUAUCAUAGCGCCUAAAAUUGAAGUCUCCACCAAAACGAUUGUCGAGGAAAUCUUGGGUUCCUAUGAUACAAGUAGGGACAAAUGUUACGUCAUCAAUCCAAAAAUGAUUAACUCUAAGCAAACGGCAUGUGGACAGAGGAAAAGGCCGAUUAAAGGUAUUAUAAGACAGCGGAGAGUAUGCCAUACUAAAAGUAAACCGAGAUCUCAAAGCUGUCGACCGUGCCGUGAGAGGUCGAGCGAAUCUCAUAACGAAUAUCCUUCGUAUGCCACGAGUCAUCAGACAGGAUCGCAAAUUGAUCAAUGUUAUCACUCGAUAGAAAGAAAUUCUGUAUGCAAUUGUCGACGAAAUUUCCCAAAGUUAGCCGAACCUACCGUGAUCGUACGUGACAAUACCCACAUUACAGACAACUGUCCAGUUUGUUUCAAGUAUAAUUGUUACUUUCCCAAAUCUCACGACGAUUCUGAUAUAAUCGAGAAACAUGCUGACAUUAAGCAAAGAUAUUGCAGAAAUAUGUCUGGCAUUAGAGAAUGUGGUUGUAUUUAUAGAGAAUGCGGCGCAUUCGACACGCGAGAAGAAGCGACAAUGCCAUUAUUGCAAUGUAAAAUUGAAAAUGUUGAAAAAGCUAAAGAGAAAUGGCACGCUACUAGAACGGACGAUAUUGUGGGGUACGAGCCGAGGUACGAAUGUACUCGAGAUUACUCUCCAGGCCGCGGAUUUUAUAAGGAUUUGGAGAAAUUUUACAAACGAAUGUAUAAACAAGCGAAAAUGCGGGCGCAGGAAGCCGACGUCUGACGUCUGAUGUGGAAAAUACUAUUGUCGUCAUUCAGAUCGUUCUGUCGAACGAAAAGUAUAUCUCAAGUAAUCGAGACUUGGCACCGUGCCAUAUACAUACAUGUAUAUGUAUACAUCCAUUGGCACAUAAGUAUUCAUUUAAUUGAAACGUGUGCGUGAGCAAAUGUCACAUAAUAAUUGCGCAUAAUGCACACGAUCAAGCUUGAAGACAGGUGCGAACUUUUAUUCCGUGUCCAUGUAAAGUAAUUAAAUGUGGCAGAAUUAACUUGUAUUUUAAUUAAGAAUGACGGAUUAAUUUAAGUAGUAAUUAAAACAGAUUUCCCUGUGUGGCAAGUACUAAUCCAAAAAUAUCCUCUAAAGUAGGGCACGAAAUAUCUAUCAAGGAAAUACGAUUCAGAUCUUUCGAUUGUCCAAACCUUGCCAGCUAAACCCUCUCGGUAAUUAUUAUCAAUAAUAACAUUAAAAUACUAACUUUGUUCCACGUUCAUUUUCUAAUAUAUGAAAAAGGAAUUAUUAACUUUAUUUAUAUACUAUUUAAUAUCAUUUCAUAUAUUUGACGGUAUGCAUUUACUUGCGUGUGAAAUUUGAAAUGUUUAUAACGCACACUUUUUUUUAUUAUUAUACAAAGAGUUCAAAUGUGUAAUAAACCAACUUGAAUUAACUUUGAAUAUUUGAAUUGCGUAUCAAACAUUGUGUAUGUUUAAUUAACAAUCAAGCGAAUACUAUAUUUGUAUGCUAUUGUACGCGAGCUUGAAAAUAUUAUCAUCAAAUAAAAAGAACCGCUAAUAUUUCAGAUUGCAUGCCAUUUGUGCGUCAAAAUAUCGAAGCUCCUGUAUAUUAUAUAUUAUACAUAAAGCUUCGUGACGUUGACGUAUAGCCUAAAUCAGCCUUGGGCGGAAUGCAUUAGGCUGUCUACAUAGCGAGCAGCGAUUCGGGUCUGUCAAAAGUCAAGGUGUGCCCGUCAUGUGGAGUAGAUGGGAUAAAUGAUUUUCCAAUAUCAAUCGGUUUCUCGCGCUUCCCACUUGUAAAUAAACUAUACUCACUCAACGUCUACAGAAAGCUUAUCAGUCGUCAAACCUUUUGUAAUCCCCGCGAUUGCUAGGAUUAUUAUUUCAUUGGAACUGAUAUUAUUUCCAUUAAUCUUAAUAAGACCAUCCCUUGACGAAUUUCAUUUUCUUAUUUUUUAUUCUAGAUGUUAAAUAUUUCUUCAUAAUUUUUUGUAUCUCUA